AUGUCUUCGUCUCUGGCCAACGGGGAGGACAACCAUAGCAAUGGCCGGGUUAGCAACCAGCAGCGGUGGCUGCCUCGUGACUUCUAUCCAGCUCCGCCCCCGCCACGGCCGCCGUCGAGAUGCCGCUACACGGCGGCUCACCGUUCUUCGUCAACAGUCGCCUCCGUGAAAGGCUGUUGUUGCUGUUUAUUACUCCUCCUCACUUUCAUCUCCCUCCUCGUCGCCGCCGUCGCCCUGGUCAUCGCCCUCGUCGUCAAGCCCAAGAAGCCCCACUUCGACCUCCAACAGGUGGCCGUCAGCUACCUCCUCCUCACCACGCCGACCGCCGGCGGCGGCGGCGGCGGCAGCUCGGCGGCUUACCUUACGCUCAACCUCACAAUGCUCUUCACGGCGGAGAACCCCAACAGAGUGGGAAUAAAGUACGGGCCAUCGAGCUUCACGGUCAUGUACCACGGGGUGGCGCUGGGGGUGGCGGAGAUUCCGGGGUUUGACCAGCCGGCCAGGUCAACCCGCCUGGUGCAGGCCUCCGUGGUGGUUGACCGGGUUGACAUCCUCCAGACCGACGCCGUCCAGCUCGUCCGAGACGCCUCAGUCAGCGACCGCGUCGAGCUCAACGUCGCCGGUGACGUGGGCGCCAAGAUACGCUUCCUCGGCAUCACCUCCCCUCGCGUACAGGUGGGCCGCAAGCAACGCAUCGCCUUUAUCACCACUGCUCGCAAUCUGCAUCACUUUCAUAAGUGGAAUUGAAAGUUUUCGUAAUUAAUUAAUUGAUCUCCUCUUCCGGGGUAUCUUCCUCUUUUACUCACCGCGGAAACUGAGGCUCGAUCUCGUUUGGAGCAGGUGUCGGUGGGCUGCGCGAUCGUAAUCAGCCCGAGGAGGCAAUCUGUGACGGAAAAGCAAUGCGGAGUCACCGGAUUAAACGUUUAG